GUUAAGUUUGUGGCUAAGAUGGUUUUCUCUCUCACACACUGUCUCAUCCUGCUGCUUCUCUUCAGCUUUGUUGAUGCUGGACGGACUCUGUGGAAAAUCAAGGAGCGUGUGCGUCAGCUCCAGCUGCAGAAAGCCAAGCAGCAGCUCCUGACACUCACAGCCAGAGGUCACCAGCCUCUCAAACACGUGAAGGAGGGCAGGUUUCAUCAGCAGCUGGACCACUUCAACGGACAAGACCAUCGCACCUUUCCACAGAGGUUCUUUGUGAACGAGGCGUUCUGGCAGCAUCCUGAUGGUCCAGUGUUCCUCUAUAUCGGAGGAGAAGGGCCCAUCUUUGAGUUUGACGUUCUGGCAGGUCACCAUGUCAACAUGGCUGAGGAACACGGAGCUCUGCUUUUGGCUCUGGAGCAUCGGUUCUAUGGCGACAGCAUCAAUCCUGACGGCCUCAAAACAGAGAAUCUGGCACACCUGAGCAGCCAGCAGGCGCUGGUUGACUUGGCUGUGUUCCACCAGUUCAUCAGCCAGAGUUUCAACCUGAGCCACAGGAACACCUGGAUCAGCUUCGGAGGCUCGUACUCUGGAGCUCUGUCCGCCUGGUUCAGAGGAAAGGUGGAGGAUAAGAUGGAAACAUUACGCACUCAAGGAAGCAUUCAAAACUACAGAAAGCUUUAG